CCUGGCUUAUAUGUACCUUUUGUUUCGCAUACACAAUACCAGGAAGUUAAAAUUGUAUCAUGUGAUACAUCAAACUCAUGGAUGCUAAAUUACAGUUUCUUUUGCCGGCGUGGUUGAUUUGCACAGUCACCUUUGCAUUGCACGACACGCACUAUGGACAGUUUACACAGUUUAUACAAACAUACAAGAAAACCUAUGAAGAAAACUCACCAGAAUUCUGGCAUCGAUUUGAAGUUUUCAAGAAUAAUUUGAAACAUUACACUCAUCUGAAUAAAGCCCACCAGAAUGAAACAGUUGUUUAUGGAGUCAACAAGUUUUCGGACCUCAUGCAAGAAGAAUUUGAAAAGCAAUACCUGAGAGGACUGAAGUCUUCAAGUCUGCAUGGAGAUAGGAUAACGGUUGACAUGGCGAUGCCUUCAUUGAAACUGCUCAAGACAGCUGUUCCGGACUAUGUGGACUGGCGUAACAAGAGCAUCAUCUCCGCAAUUAAGGAUCAGAAGUCAUGUGGUGCCUGCUGGGCCUUCAGUGCUACCGAGACUGUGGAAAGCAUGUACGCCAAGACCACUGGUCAAGCUGUCCCUGACCUGUCCGUACAGGAAGUCAUCGACUGCUCCGAGAACAAUGGCUGCAAGGGGGGCGACACUUGUUCUGCUCUGUACUGGAUGACAAAAUAUAAGAAGACGAUUGUUUAUGAGAAGGACUACCCCCUUGUUGACAAAACACAAGUCUGUCACCUUGGCAACAGCACAUCACCAGGAGUGAGGGUUGCCAAUUACACCUGUCAACAUCUCACGGGGAAGGAGGAGGAGAUGGUGCAGAUGCUGUAUGCCGUUGGGCCGCUGACUGUGACGGUAGACGCCUCUACAUGGAACAACUACAUCGGGGGCAUCAUCAAGUUCCACUGCUCCAACGUCAACAACCAUGCUGUUCAGAUCGUGGGUUAUGACCGUCGAGGAGAUGUGCCUUUCUACAUUGUGAGAAACUCGUGGGGGACUGACUUCGGUGAUAAUGGCUACCUGUACAUCAAGAUUGGAGACAACCUGUGUGGGGUGGCUGAGCGAGUGUCCACAGUGACAGUUCAGCCGUAACCAACACAGCACUGGGAGGACAACGUGUACUCAGAAAUCCACAUUCUCAUAUUCUGGAACAUGCACAAGAUAUAUUUAAUAUUUAUUGUCAUUUGAAUCUCUCUCUUAACAGGGGGCACCGGUGGCCCAGUCGUCCAAGGCUCCGCGAUUUGCUGUGCAGAGUUGCAUCGCUUGGGCAUGCCAGAAACUUAUGAUUGUGAGUUUAAAUCCUGGUUCACGCCGAUUUUGUUUCUAGGUUU